AUGGGAGCUUGUUUAUGUAAACCAAAACUAAGACAAAGACAAAAACGUCGAAAACUACAUCGCCGUGUACCUGCUUCUUCAAUAAGUUCCCCACUAUCUGAUGCUCAUCUUAUUAUGAGUGAUACUUUUGAUUGUGGUGUUAACGAAGAAUAUCGAUUUAUCGAUGGAAGAAGAUUUCAUAAUGUUAGAAAUUCAAAAUAUAUGAUGCCUUGUGAUGAUGAUGAACUUGAUAGGUUACAUGUAUUGCAUUAUAUUUGUCGAUUCAUAUGGAAAUGUAAUUAUUCUGCACCGAUACAUGAUAAAUUGAGUUCUGGUGGUGCUCUUGUAUUGGAUAUUGGAUGUGGUACUGGUACCUGGGUCGUGGAAAUGGCAAAUGAAUUCCCUCGUUCUCAUUUUACUGGAAUAGAUAUUUCUCCCGUGUUCCCAAGAGAAGCAAAACCUGAAAAUGUACUUUUUGUAGAAGCAAAUCUACUGGAUGGUCUGCCAUAUAAUGACAAUACUUUUGAUUACGUUCACAUGAGGUUUCUAAUGACUGCCUUUAGUAAACAAGAAUGGGAACGUGCUUUAAAAGAAAUUGUCAGAGUGACAAAAAUUAAUGGAAUUAUUGAAAUAAUGGAAGAUGAACUAGAACCGAGAAAUGAUGGCCCUAUAUCACGGCUAUUACAUAGCGCAUUUUUGUCGGAUCUUCAUUCACGUAAUAUCGAUACUACGAUAUAUAACCACAUGUUUGAUAUGUUGAUGAAUACGCGACAAUUGGCAAAUAUAAAAGCUGAAGAAAUGUCAACGUCUUUUGGUAAAUGGGCUGAUAGAAUUGGUACUCUAUUAGCUGAAAAUACUGCCAAUAUAUUUCGUACGUUUCGAACAAAAUUUUCUUCAUUUCUUGGUCUUGAACCAGAUGAAUAUGAUAAAUUAUUGGAAGCUUGGUAUUGUGAGUUAAACGAGUGUAAACCUUAUAAUGUUGGAUAUAGAUUUUUGGCAACAAAGUACAAGUAA